UUACGAGACCCGUUUCACCUGCUCCAUAUUUUGACCAACAGUGGAUCCAAACGAUCGAUCAACAUGGAGAAUCAGACAUCUCUUCCUGCCAUUCAGCGCAGUGUCUGGGCUGGACAAAUACCCUUAGAGAUUAUUUUGGCACCAGCAGAAAGCCGCUUUUAUGACAAGACUGACCCAUAUCUGGUAUGGACCCUUCCUUUUAUUCUCGGGCUUGCUCUUAACAAUCUGAAGGUUUCAUUUUCCCGAGUUGCAUAUCUUCCUUCAUUGCUGCCAAAAAUUCGAGCGUUCUUCGCGUCCUCGUUGAUUGAUCCAAAUGCCGAACAGCAUCAGGGCUGGUUCGCCUUUGAAGGCGUCCCUCUUAAAUGGCACUAUCCAGCCGGCUUGCUGUUUGAUCUUUACGCAGGAGCAGUGGCAGCGUCAAAGCUUGCUACGGGAGGGACAGACUUGCCAGAGAGCGAAUCUUCACUUCCUUGGCGCCUGACGGUUCAUUUCAACGACUGGCCUGCCGAAGACCUUGUUCGCCUCGACCCCGACGGGAUAGUGCUCAAUGACGCAUUCAUAAACAGCGUCAAAGAAGCUGAUUUCCUCCGCAAUGGUACAGCGAAGGCCAUAAUGAGUCUCUCUAAGGAAGACUCUGCCGGCCUCUGGAGGGCAGUGGAAAAUGUGGACCUUCCUUCAUUCCAGCGCAUCUCGAACAGGUUUCUCCCGCCACCAUCACAGCCGUUUCGCAAUGUCCCAAUCCGCAUAUUUCUACCACUCCCCCCUGACGAAGAGUCGCCUUCACUUAAAGUGGUUCAGUCACCGUUCCCUCCAUCCGUACAGGUAGUCAGUAUGCAGUCCAGUCAGAUUAUUGGUGCGCGCUCGAGCCCAAGCACGCAGGUCCAGACCAUCGGCAGUGUCUUAAACACCCUGCUGCCCAACCUAUUCCCAAGUCGACGAACGCCACUUCUUGCUAAACCUGUUCUUCACGGGGCGGUUCUGCCCAUGUCUGCGCCCAUCGAAGAGGUGGUGCGAAGCUCUGCUUACGGUGAUGGGUGGGUUUAUGUGGUUGUUAGAAUGAUGGGUUAA